CAGAAUGUUUACAUGUAGAUUGCCAACCGCCCAAAAAUAUCCGGGAAACGGGGCGGUGGUCGUUUCACUUCAUGUUUGUGCACGGCUAGCAAAACCAGGAUAUUACUCUUUCUUCGAUACCAGAUCUUCUUUCUCGUGUAAACGGUUCCACGUAUCUGUAUUCAUCGGAAUUCUACGUAUCUACCAGUUUUGAAAAGAUGGCAGAUGCUGAACAACCGGAACCAGCGGAGGAUUUUAUCUUUAAGGGGAAAAGAUUUGAUUGCAAAAACAAGAUUUUUGGUGAAGGUUUUUUCUUGUUUGACGGAUAUUGGAAGGAAAAUGAAAAUGCAGGCGCUGAAAAGGAAAGCGUGAAAUCGAAAACUUCUAAUCUAAAAAAACAAGUUGCGAUAAGAAGAAUUAAAAAUGAAGACUGCCUUGAUGGGUGGAAAGAUGUGGCCGAUAAGCUCGUCAAGGGCAACCUGAAUCACAACAAUAUCCUACGAGUAUUCUGUUAUGAGGAGGACGUGGCCAAAGGAUGGAGGUAUUUUGCUCUGGAACCGUACAGUGCCACUUUAUACGAAUAUUGCAAUGGCAAGUACAAGGGAGCCAUGCCAAACGAAUCGCAAGUUCUUUAUCAAAUUACCAACGGCGUCAGCUACCUGCAUCUUAACGCAAUUGUACAUGGCGAUUUAAAUCCAUUAAACGUCGUCAUUGCUGCCCAGUCCCGUCCUGUGCGCAUGAAAAUUUCAGAUUUUGGAUUGAGCAAAUUCAGUUAUAGCAAACAGCUGUCUGAAAUAGAAGACAUUUCCUCUAAAGUGAAACUCUGCCUGAGAAAGUAUUGGACACUGUCAGAGGAAACUGACUCCCUGGAAGGCAUCAAAGAUGCCACCGAAGAUGUCAUUGCAGCUGGAUGCAUUUUGUUUUAUUAUCUAAAGCGUGGCAAACACCUUUUUGGUAAUGACUUUGAGUCAAUCUUGAUAAACAUCAAGGAAAACAAUCCAGUUAAUUUACAAGAGGUCAGGGUAAUUCAGAAUACAGUUAAUUUACCGGGAUUGGAUGAAAAUCACUUUGCGUACGAGCCCAUCAAAAAUAUGAUAAAUCCCCCACGAAAAGGAUUCAAUUGGUUGCACAUAGCCAAUGAGGAAUUUAAUAAAGCCCUUUCACUCCAAGUCAACACCAACAAACAACUUGGUAGAGGAACUUUUGGACUAGUGUUCGAGGGGAAAUUUAACGGCGAUUCCGUUGCAGUCAAACAAAUGCCAACGACAACAACUCAAAAAGAAUAUAUUCAAAGAGAAAUGAAUACACACAUCGACUUGGAUCACGUCAACGUAGUGAAACUUUUGGACGUCGCUGAUUCGGCCGACAAUAGAUUCACGCAUCUGGCUUUGGAAUUGUGUGCCGGGACAUUGAUGGAUUAUUGCGAAAAGAAAUACAGCGGACCGAAAUUGCCGCCAGACGAAUUGGUCCUUUAUCAAAUCGCCAAUGGAUUGCAUUACAUCCACUCGAGAAAUUUAGUUCAUCGCGAUAUUAAACCGGAAAACAUCCUCAUUUCAAUGACGACGCCCGUUCAGAUGAAAGUCUCUGAUUUGUCGUUUGUUAAGAAAACACGGGACGAUAUUUUUUCGCAGAGUAAAAUCAGAGGAACUCUUCCCUGGAUGGCACCUGAGACACUUAAGGUUUUAAUUGACACUGAAAACAAGUCUGCCGAGCUCCCAAAUGGAACAAUCAAAAGUGACACGUUUUCAUCCGGAUGUGUUUUUUUCUAUUUCCUGACGCGUGGCACACAUCCAUUUGGGAAAAAUCAAGUCUCUGCCCCUGCCAAUAUUUCGAAAAACAACCCGGAGGAACUCGUCAGCUACAAGCAAAAUUUGGCAGCAGACGACGUAAACGGAGGAAUCCUUGCUCAAUUGAUUGAGGAUAUGAUUCAAUUUGAAGAAAAAGAAAGAAUCGGAUUGCCUGAGGUCAUCAAACAACUAGCCGCUGUAUUGUACGGGAUGGACAAAAGCAAAUGUCAAUUGAGCCUCGUUGAAGCGUCGUUAGGUGGGGAUUACAUAAUCAGUUCCCACCCCACUGAACUGAUUCUUGCAUGUGCCAAUGAGGAAAAGUUAAUAUUUUACACUGCCGAAAAUUUGGCUAUUCCGUUUUCCAAUUGGAGAAAGAAGAAAGAAGUCAUAUUUCAACAUCUAAACUUUUGGAGUCUUAAAUCGCUUGAGUGGAAUAUUAACGGGACACAAUUAGCUGCUGGAUUCGAAGGCGGUACUGUCGUCGUAUGGAGUUACCCAGAGUGCGAAAUCCUCUUUAAAGAGAAACUUCCGAAAAUUAUCAAUGAAAUAAAUUGGAAUCCAACCAAGACCAACUUAUUUGCUGCUUAUGCGUUCUUGCCAUCCUUAAAUGAGCUAACCAUCCAGGGCGAUUGUCAAGUUUUCGUAUGUGAUUCAUCCAUUGGCGACGUGAUCACCACAAUUAAAUGUGAAUGCGUUUCGGCUGUGAAGUGGAUCUCUGAAAAUCGAAUCGCCGUGGCAUCUUCUUGGCCUGGAAUGAUCGAAAUUUUUGAAAUGGAGGAAAACAAUUUGACAACAACUCGACCCGUGAAAGUAUUCACACAUGGAGAACAUUGUGAUAAUCUGGAAUGGAAUGGAAGGACCCAAUAUUUGGCCAGUGGUGGGGAUAACAAAAUCCAUAUUUGGUCUAUGGACCACGACAGGCCAAUUUAUAGCCUGGAGUGUCCUCUGGAUGACGGCGGGAAAAAAAUUGCUUGGCGCUUGUGCACAGGAAAUGGGGAAGAAGAGGGCGGAAUCGAAAUGGCAAGGAAAUCAGCCAAAAACUUCACUUUUGCUUGUGUUCGAAUGCAUAACGUUUCUAUUUGGAAUCCUCUGGAAAAAAAACAACAGCCGCGAUGUCUUUCCGAAGACAUGACAUGUCUUCGGACAGACAUGUCUUUCCAGAGACAUCUCAUAAAAACGGUCGCCUUUUCAUCGGACGGUCGAUUUCUUGCAGCCGGGGGCAAUAAGAAUUUAAUGAUUUGGUCAACGGAGGACUGGGUACAAAUAUACAAAGUCAUCACGGAUAUGAAAUAUGGCCCAAUGAAUAUAUCAUUUUUCACCACAAAAUCUACAAACCUUCACGAGAAUAAACUUAUAGUCAAUUAUGAGUAUGAGACCAACGGCUUAUUUGAAUUCGCGUUCGAAGAAAGUUAAAUUUAUGAUUCGGCCAUUGAAAUAUCAACAAAAACCGAUGACGAGGACGACGAUGAAGACGUGGACGCCGAUAGCGAAGACGUUAGUCCUCCAAAACGCCUAAAGGGGUCUUCCUCAAAAUAGAAACUAAUGAAAAACAGGAUGUCCUGCAAAAGACAACCAUUUAAUAUUUUCGAAAUAAAUAUGCUUCAAUGAUAUUUUUAUCCAAAUGUACUGGGGCCCUUCAAACUACGUGUUUGAUUUUUGCAUUCUGAUUGUUUUCACUGCAUCGUGCGUCUAGAUUUGAUUUGAUUUUCAUUUAGAGGUGAAAAAAUCUCACCGAUUGCAAGAGAAGGAAAAUUUCACAAGCAUUGCGAUUGGUGGAAAACUGCGUGUUCCAUCUCCAUCAGUAAAUUUAAGUUGUUUUUUGUUUCGCAUUGUCUACGACCUACGAGAUGCUUUUUCAUUUGCCUUUUUCAGCUUCUUCUUGUUUGUCUACCCUACAAGAUUCCUGUUUAGUUAAGGACGUGACCAUCGUUUUAUGGUGAACAAGUGCCGUUCUUACGCCUACCUGCUACCGUCGUAACUAAAAUUUCAUAAUUGUAAUGGCUUUUUUCUUCCUUUUUCCAUAAUUUUUAAAAAUUCGGAUAACGUUGCAACUGUCAAAGCAAAACGUAGCAUUCUAGAUAUUAUGUCACAUUGAAAUUAUUUAAUAACGUAAAAAAAGGAAAAAAAACCUUGUCGAAUCAGGAAACCCUGUCAAUUUGUUCCAUAAAAAACAAUUUUCUCUCACCAAGGGCAAAAGCAGACAGACUGAAAAAAUAAUUUUUCAAUUCUUUAUGAAUAAACUGUCACACAGCCA